CCGUGGGACUGUUCCUUUGUUUACAUUCUUGCGCUCUCCGGAGGCUGCGGCGGAGAAGGAGGGCAAAAUUUCCACUGUUUUUGCUCUAUUUCUCUCUUAAUGGCUUCGUGAGGUGUGUUCCCGGUCCUGGCCUACUGUUCUUGGUGGCGCGCAACGUUCAGCACCUUGUAUUAACGUUUUGUUAUUGAUAUACGGCUGAAAUAACGGCACCAUGAUGACCCACCGCCCCGGCUGCUGCUCCUCCUCCUCCUCCUCCUCCACGCUCAAGAAGUUCUCCGUCAGCGACCGCGCCAUCCUGGACCGCCGUGUGAAGGCCAACCCUCGCUACGCCGCCGUCCAGCCGCGCACCAACACAGGGUUCAACACGCACCGCCGGCAGGAGCUUGACAAGGAGAUCCGGAAGUACUAUAAGGUGCGAAACGACGAGGAGUUCCGACGCAUCUCCCUGGGCGACCUGAUCCAGCUGAUGGUGACCCACUCCAUCGACACGGCGGCGGUGGCGGCGGAGGCGGAGGAGGAGGAGGAAGAAGAGGAGGAAGGAGAGGAGAAAGGGAAGAAGGAAGAAGAGGAGGUGGAGGAGGAGGAAGAUGAUGAAGAGAUGAAGGUUCCUCUCAGACAUCGCGACCAGCUCCGGAAAGUCCUGCACGGAAUGGAGCACUUGAUGGCACGAGGCAGCCAGUCCCCACCACCCCGGCCGUACCUCAUCAUGGACGUCCGCACACCCCAGGAAUACACCGACGGGCACAUCGCGACCGCCGUGAGCCACCCCACUCCACGCCUCUCCCGCGCCGUCGGCUGGGAGUGCAACGCCUUACUUACCCACAAGAACAGACCUGGUGCCAUCAUUGUGGUGUGCGACGAGUGCGAGGAUGCCGCCCCUAGUGCUGUGUCGACCCUCCAGCACCGCGGAUACACCAAUGCGCUGAUGCUGAGUGGCGGAGUCAGGCUAGUAAGGGACAAGAUUGGGCCGCCCUUCGUCACGACAGACUCAGCGAUGACGGAGCUCCCUCUCUCGCUGGCCAUCGCCCUACAGCACCAGUUGGAGUCGCUGGUUCUGCCGCCGCUGACGAUGAGUGACGGUGCGCAGUGGUGGGCCGCCUCGUCAGCCGCCGGUCGUGGUGGUGGUGGUGUGUCGGUUAGGUCUGGUACACAACGGUCGCUUGAUCCGCCUCUCGCUGCUCCGCCUCGCCCUCCUCCGUGGCGUUAGUGUGUGUGGAAGAGUGGAGAAAAAGCAGUCUAUUCCACGCCCUCUUCCACUGUCUGUGUGUGUGGGUGUGGGUGUCUGUGUGUGUGUGUGUGUGUGUGUGUGUGUGUGUGUAGUUCGUUUUGACAGCAGGAAAAUCCAUCUAUCUAUCUAUAUCUCCGCUGCUCCGCUCCCUCCCUGAACCUUCCCUCCAGGGGUAUGGGUGGCUGCUGCAGAAGUGUCUCCAUCUCUCCCUGUUCUGGCACUCCCUCUCAGCACACUCAGUCCUGCAACUUCCAACUCUCUCGCUGAAGUGUCUCCAUCUCUCCCUGUUCUGGCACUCCCUCUCAGCACACUCAGUCCUGCAACUUCCAACUCUCUCGCUGAAGUGUCUCCAUCUCUCCCUGUUCUGGCACUCCCUCUCAGCACACUCAAUCCUGCUACUCCCAACUCUCUACUCCCUAAAUGUGUGUGUGUGUGUGUGUGUGUGUGUGUGUGUGUGUGUGUGUGUGUGUGUGUGUGUGUGUGUCUCCUCAACUCAGAAACACAUAAACAGCUUCUUACCUCAAUCAGUGUGUGUGUGUGUGUGUGUGUGUGUGUGUGUGUGUGUGUGUGUGUGUGUGUGUGUGUGUGUGUCAACUCAGGUAAUUUUAGCAUUCCACUCUAUGUGUGUGUGUGUGUGUAUGUGUGUGUGUGUGUGUGUGUGUGUGUGUGUGUUAACAAUCGCGCACAUAGCCUUCUUAGUUCUUAUAUUGCUUUUAUGUACGCUUAUGUGUGUGUGUGUGUGUGUGUGUGUGUGUGUGUGUGUCGCCUUCCAUGUACGUAUAGAGUCAUGUGCGUGUGUUCUAGUCAUGUACGCCUUUGUUAUGUAUGUUUGUAGGAAUUGUUUUAUUAUAUGAUUACUUUUUUUUUUCUUUUCCUUCUUCUUCCUCCUCUUUCUCCUCCUCUUCCUCCUUUUCCUCCCUUCCCUCUUUCCUUUCCUCCUCUUUCUCUUCCUCCUUGCUCUCUUUCUCCUCCCCUUCAUUUUUUCUCUCCCUUCUUUCCUCUUCUUCCUUCUUUUCCUCCUCCUCUUCCUCCUCCUCCUUUUCCUCUUCCUUCUUCCUCCUCUUCCUAUGUCUCCUUCCUCCUCUUCUUCAUAUUGUUCCCUCCUCCUUUUCCUCCUCCUCCUCCUCCUCCUCCUUUUCUUCUUCCUCCUCUUCUUCAUAUUCUUCCCUCCUCUUCCUUCCUCUUCCUCCUCCUCUUCCUCUUCAAACUCAGUCAGUCAAUCAAUUUUUCAUAGUCUAUAAUUAUACAUAUAUACAUUUUUAUUCUGGUAUGUAUAGAGUAUGAUAUAUUUAUACUUUCAUAGCGUUUAUAGUGGCAGGGGCAGGAUUAUUAUUAUUAUUAUUAUUAUUAUUAUUAUUAUUAUUAUUAUUAUUAUUAUUAUUAUUGUGGUUGUUGUUGUUGUUAGUGGUAAUUUAUGAAUCCGUCCAUGUUCUUUGUCUCAGGCUCAUGAAAUAAAGAAUAAUGUAUGAAUUUGUC